AUGGAUAAGCACGCGACGAUCAACGCGCAAGGCGGGCUUGAUGCGACCGCCUUCGGCCACGGCACGAGCCGACACAGUGCCGGUAUGGGAAACCCUUGUCACGGUCCACGGCGCGCCCGACGCUCCCCAGAGCACCGAGGAGCAGCAGGAGUCCACAACCCGACCGCCAAGUCGCCCUUCCCGGACCCACGCUCCGUCCGAUGUACAAUCCGCGGUUGGAACCAGCUCCUGGACACCCUUUGGAGCCUGCAGUAUCGAACUCCUGGCGCCUGCUGCGCUAGCGCCGGGCCAGUGGUGCAGAGUGCUUCUCGCGAUGGCAGCGCUGCCGCUCGCGCGGCGGUGUACUAUCGCUUCUCAUCUCAGGCGCAGGCGGAACGUUUCGUUGCGGGGCCAGUGUUUGCGGACGCGAAGGCACGAUUACUGGGAAGCGGCAGUGUGUCCCUCUCGUUAUGGAAAGUUCUGGUCCCAAAUGACAUGGAGGCGCUUUUUAAGCGCGGACCAGCUUUUGAGACGGGAGUGGAUGUCGUGCUGGUGCUGCAGCCGGCGUCGCAGGAGCAGCCCGUGGCAACAGAUGUGUUGGUGGAGCUGGUGGGCCGGCUGCAGCGGGCAGCACUGGUUGCAAACAGCGUGCAGGUGUCGUGUGGGGCGGACGUGAUGAGCCUGGAUACCCAGUACAUGUGGAUGGCAAGGUUCCCGCAGGAGGAUAACGCGCAGCGCUUCCUGCGCAGUCCUGUCGUGGCGGAACUGGCGACGGGUCUGUCUGUCGGAUCUGCGUGUGCUGCGCCCUCUAAGGAGCUGCAGAGCGGCGGCCUGACACUGAGCAGCAUGGCGCUCAUUGAGGUCGGCGCUGUCGAGCAGUCAAAGCAGAGGCUCUAA